GCCAACUCGUUACUUCAUUCACGUUUGGGCAAUCGUAGUGAACUUAACAUCUGCAAAUUGGUCUGAAAUUUCUUUAAAAUUGUAACAAGUUGUUAUUUAAAAUGGGUUCAACCGUGGACGAGUUUAAAGUUGUAAAUGAAUCAGAAUACCCGAAAAUUGUGGAACUGUUGAAAGCCCGACUACCAAUAUCUGGCCAGGUUUACAACAUGGCCCUCGUGUUGAACAUUUUUCCCAAGGAAAUGACAUGUUACACGCUUGGAGGAGACUUGUCCCCAAAUGCUCUAAUUCUGAUCAUAUUCGAUAGAGAGGAUUACGGACAAGAUAUCAACAUGUCCCUUUCGAAGGAAUUUCAAGUGACACCGGAAAUAAAGCAAGCCUUCACUUCGACCAAAGUCAUCCAAUGGAAAGGAUGUCACAUGUUCGUAUUGACGGAUAGGCGCAUUUCUCACAUGAUUUUCGAAAUCAGCACCGUAGUUUUCAGAAACUCUGUCACUUUUAAUCCAAAUUAUGGCUACUGGAAGGAGCCGGAAAACAUCACUGAAACUAUUUCAGAGGAGGACAAAAAUGGCGUUGUUUUGAAAGCAUUGGAUGAAGACAAAGGACUCAAAUUUCUCACUCAAAGUUGGCGAUAUGUCCGACCAGGGACCGAAACGUAUCUGAAGAAGAUUAUUAAGCACCACAUCACUGCCGGCGUCUACCAAAACGGCGACCUCGUCAGUGGAGCUAUCGUGAAUGGACAUGGUUUGAUUGGCAUGCUUUCCACAAACCCAGAGCAUCGAAACAAAGGACACGCAAUGAAGUGCAUGCGAUACUUGAUGCAAGAAAUGACGAAAAAGGGAUUUGCAAUAGUGAGUUCGUCCCAACAAGAAAAUUCGUACUCCUUGGCGCUUCAUGAUAAAUUGAAAUUCAUACAAACACAUGAAUGUGAUUAUAUUUUUCAUAUUCCGUACCAUAAAUGAAAUCACCUUUGUUAAAUCUAUUAAAAAAUGCGUGCACGAGAAGAUGACAACAACGCAGAAUGCAUUUUUACGACUUUUUAUUGUCCGUGUUGAUCCAGCUGUAAAAAAUGAAUGCUUUUAUUGGCAAUAAAUUACGUCAUUACAACAAAACUCAUCAAA